CAGUACAUCCGUUCCUUCAAAAAGGUCAAGGAUGAAGCCACUAGUUUUUUUGUCCCUGGUCUGCAUUGCUGUCGCUCUCCCAGUGGAUGAUGACAUAGUUACCAUGUUUGCAGACGUUGAGAAACUUUUGGACCAUACUAAAAGGGAAAAUGGGUCGACCAUAUACGAGUUUACUGUUGACUGCAAAGACAUCCUUGCCAGCAGUGGCGAAGUAAUGAAGUUACUGAACAUAUAUAACAUGAAAGGCUCUAAGGAAGAACAGCAAUUACAGUCAAGUAUCUAUACGGAUGACUUCACGGACGCUGAGAAAAGAAAUGCCAUAGGCCGUAUUCAAUAUGCAUGGAUGCUGUUUCUGCUCAAGAUACACUAUGCUACAGCAAGAAUCAAGGCAAUGUUUGAUAGGGGACAGACAUUGCAGCCAUUAUUCGGCAAACUUGUGUUUGUGCUUCACCGCAUAGUUAAAACUAUGGUGGAUGGUUUGCUGAAUGGUGGUGGAAGGUAUGGAUCUCCCUAUAAGCCGGUCAAAUUCAUAGACUACAAUAAAGUUAAAGCUAAAUCUGGCUAACUAAUAAUCACAACCUUCAAGCAAUGCUUUUAAGAGAGGAGAGUCUGAAUUCAACAUUCUGGGAAACAAAUCUGAAACAAUUUGCGGCAUUUUAUUGUGAUAAGUCAAAAAUAAAUAAAUCAAUCUAAAUAAAUAACA